AUGCAAACAGCGGACGUAGCCGCUUCUGUGUUUGUUUUGGUGAUCAUCGUCGUUUCGUUGCUGUCCAACGUGGUGGUGCUGAUCUGCUUUCUGUACGACCCGCAGAUCAGAAAGCAGGUUCCCGGGCUUUUCAUUCUCAACUUGACCUUCUGCAACCUGUUGCUGAGCGUUUCCAGCAUGCCACUGACUGUGGUGGGGCUGAUCACCAAGGGGCACCCAGGGGGAACAGUCUUCUGUCAGUUAGUCGGUUUUCUCGACACUUUUCUCCUCACCAAUUCGAUGCUCACCAUGGCCGCGCUGAGCAUCGAUAGAUGGGUGGCUGUGGUGUUUCCACUGAGCUACCACUCUCGGAUCCGCCACCGGGAUGCAGUCAUCGCCCUCGGGUACACCUGGAUACACUCUCUCUGCUUCUCCACGGUGGCCACCUGCCUCUCCUGGCUCGGGUACCAUCCGCUUUACGCCUCGUGCACGCUGUGCAACGCCAGAGCGAGCGGCGCCAAAGCGCAUUUCAUAGCGUUCAACAUGGUGUUGCACGCUCUCACCUUCCUGCUCACCCUGGUGGUGAUGUGUGUCACCUAUCUGAAGGUGCUGCAGGUGGCCAGGUUCCACUGUAAACGCAUCGACGUGAUCACCAUGCAGACGCUCGUCCUACUGGUGGACAUCCAUCCCAGCGUGCGCCAGAGAUGUCUGGAUGAGCAGAGGCACAGGAGACAGAGGGCCACCAAGAAGAUCAGCACCUUCAUUGGCACCUUUGUGCUCUGCUUCAGCCCCUAUGUCAUCACAAGAGUCCUGGAGCUGUUCUACCAUGGGCCCAUCAGCCCUCACUGGGCUGUCUUCACUAAGUGUCUGGCCUACAGCAAAGCAGCCACUGACCCAUUUGUGUACUCCCUCCUGCGUCACCAGUACAGGAAGACCUGCAGCCUUUUAGCCAACAAGAUCCUCAAGAGGAACCUAUUUAACUCCUCCUCUGCUCCUUGGGUGGAGAACCACAGGCCCCACCUCCCAAAGACCACCACAACCAAUGAGGAUCCGCAUUACGUCAAGCAUUCUGUCCAAGGAAGGGCCGCCUCUCUUUAG